ACAGCACGUGUGUGUGUGCGUCUCUGUGCGUGGGUGUGGGUUUGACAGGAAGAAAGGUGUGUAAGUGUAUGCAUAGGGGUGGGCUAGCUCUCAGCAUGCAGCAUCCCCUUUAAUCUGCAUAUUCAUAGGGUACCCCAUAGAGCCUGUCAAAUGAAAAAAAAAGCUUCACAACCCUGAUAUUCAAGAGAGUGAGACAGCACCCAGGCAUUCGUUCUGUGACAACGGCAUUAGAUGGCGCUUGCCUGAACAUCAGCUGGCUGUUACAUUUGAUCACAAGCUGCAAUUAACCAGACAGCUCAAGGAGAAACAGCCAGGAAGAGCAAAGCAUCAGAUCUUCCUGAUUUAGCACAGACCAGUAAGAAAAAGGGAAACAAGGUUCUGAUUUUUUUGAAGGAUUAAUAUUCUGAAACCAGUCUGUUGUAUCUAACAACAAAUAAGUAGAGACCUUGGAUAUUACUGGGUGCAUUUAAUUUAUCUUGUAUUUCUUGCUGUUUGGAAUUCAGACUUACUGCCUUGUUUCUGCAAGGUCUUCCAGCUACAUCCCACCCAGGCCAAAUGAUGAACUUUCUGCGCCGUAGGCUCUCUGACAGCAAUUUCAUUGCCAACCUGCCAAAUGGAUACAUGACAGACCUUCAGAGGCCAGAACCUCAACAACCCCCUCCUCCACCACCGCCUCAGCCUUCCUCAGUAUCCCCAGCCCCUGAAAGAAAGCAGUCUACUCAGGCUUCCGGAAGCGGCUUCUUCAGUUCCAUCUCCAAUGCUGUGAAGCAAACUGCUGCUUCUGCUGGAUUAGUAGAUCAAACAUCAUCUACAGCAACUAAAAAGUUCAAACUGCUCCUUGUCAUUGAUGAUCCACACACAGAAUGGGCCAAGUGCUUUCGUGGAAAGAAAGUUCACAGUGAAUUUGACAUCAAAGUGGAACAAGCAGAAUUUAAAGAGAUCAACUUAGUCUCAUAUGCUGAUGGUACAUGUAUGGUGGAUAUGCAGGUCUUCCGAAAUGGCACAAAAGUUGUCAGGUCAUUUAAACCCGACUUUGUUCUAAUUCGACAACAUCCUUACAGUAUGGCAGAGAAUGAAAACUACCGCAAUAUCAUUAUAGGCUUCCAAUAUGCAGGCAUUCCAAGUCUCAACUCCUUAGAAUCUAUCUACAACUUCUGUGACAAGCCAUGGGUGUUUUCCCAGCUGGUUAGCAUCUACAAGAAUUUAGGACCAGAAAAAUUUCCACUGAUUGAACAGACCUUUUAUCCAAACCAUAAGGAAAUGUUGACUAUGCCAACGUUUCCUGUUGUUGUCAAGAUUGGACACGCUCAUGGAGGCAUGGGAAAGGUGAAAGUAGAGAAUCAUUAUGAUUUUCAGGACAUUGCAAGUGUGGUUGCUUUGACACAAACAUAUGCCACAUCAGAACCAUUCAUAGACUCCAAAUAUGACAUAAGGAUUCAGAAAAUAGGCAAUAACUAUAAAGCUUACAUGAGAACAUCUAUUUCAGGAAACUGGAAGACAAACACUGGCUCAGCGAUGCUGGAACAGAUUGCUAUGUCUGAUAAGUACAAGCACUGGGUCGAUUUAUGUUCUGAAAUCUAUGGAGGACUUGAUAUCUGUGCAGUGAAAGCUGUCCAUGGCAAAGAUGGAAAGGACCACAUUAUUGAGGUUAUGGACUGUGCAAUGCCACUAAUUGGAGAGCAUCAGGCAGAAGAUCAGCAACUAAUAGCGGAUCUGGUGAUAGCAAAAAUGAACCAGACUGUGCCAAAGACAUCAGCUCCUUCACCUCAGAGACCAACAGCUACACAGCAGCCACAGAGUGGAACAAUCAAGGAACCCCAUGCAGAGACAAACAAGAUCCCACCUCAACGACCACCACCUCAAGGGGGCCCAGUGCAACCCCAAGGAGUGCAAUCUCAAAACCAGGAAGCAUCGCUGCAACAGCGCCUUUCCCCUCAGGGGCAGCCACCACAGGAGAAAGAGUCUUCACCAACUGGACCUCAGCCUCAACUGCAAAAGACAGCUGGCCCUACUGUGGAGCAGCCACGAAGUCAGGGACAAGUGACAUCCAAACCUGGAAUGAUGAACUCCAAACCAGAACGUGUUCCACCUCCAAAGCCUCAGCCUCAUCCACAGCUCAACAAAUCACAAUCUUUGACAAACGCAUUCAGUUUCUCAGAAUCAUCCUUCUUUCGCUCAAGCUUGAAUGAAGAUGAAGCCAAGGCUGAAACAAUCAGGAAUUUGAGAAAGUCUUUUGCUAGUUUGUUUUCUGACUAGUGUAAAUAUCAGGGAUGUUUUCAGUUUUGAAAUGUAGCUUAUUUAACUAUCCCUCUUAAGAUAACUUCUUUCUUAUGAGUUUGGUCUCCUCCUGUACUCUCCCAUGAAUGUCCUUCGUGAUUGUUUGCUUAACUGAACAAUGUAUUCAAUAACAAAAGCAUAACUAACAUGACAAUAUAAUAACUUCACUUAAAAGUUAUGCCUAAAGAGUGGGCGUUGAAAAUAGCCACAUUAUUAUACAUACCAAAAGAAUGGUUCAUGUGGGAGACAAAAAAUCUCACUACAGGUCUGGAGCUGUGAUAUUGUGGCCUUACUGUGUCCACAUUUUAGUACCCAAAUACCUGCUGUGCAGUCAGUAUAGUACAAUGACCAAUACUUGUGUUCCUUACUUUGUUCAUCCCAAACUGCUUUGCUAUUAAACAUUGUUUUUUUUUUUUAAUCAUGUGAAAUUAGCUUUUACAGUAUAUGUACUGCUAUAGCUUUAAAUGCUAUACUAUAUAGAUUUUAAAUAGAUAAAUAAUAUAAUAUCCUUCCAUGCUGUCUCAUUUUCUGAUGUAGCUACUGAAAUGCCAUUUAUUGCAAAAGUGCAAUUUCCUUUUAACCUUGGACAAUCAUUUUUGAUGUUUCCAUAAAGUGUUCACUAUCCUAAGUGUUUACAGGAUGGCAAAUUGCAGAACAUCAUAUCUUUAAAGUGUAGUAUUAUACAUUUGUAAACCAUUUCUCUGUAGUGUUUUUGUUUAGUAACACUGUUGUGUUAAAAAAUGCAUUGCAUGAUUUGAUGGCAUUAAACUUUUGUUUUGUCUAGUGUACACGUCAAUAAAUGCAAAACCAUCUGGUUGGUGAAGAUG